AUGCGCGCAACUCCGUCAAUGUUCGAGGAGAUCAGCAUCACCUUCAAGCCCAGCACCUUCACCAAACCGGCUCGUAUGGCUGCGCUGGACCGGAUAGGGCAUCACGUGCGGACCGUCUCGUUCAACAUGCUUCACACACCGGAGACCUUCCUGCCUCCUCUGGUCGAUCCUAUGACCGGCGCGGAGCAGGCUUUCGUGUAUAGCCCGCAAGCACACAGACCAUCGACUCUUAUCGGCCAGGUAAAGGAACCCAAGUAUGGCUCGUGGGAGAUGACAGAUCUACUGAUCAAACAGUAUCCACCACUGUUCCAUGCUGCAACCAACAUCCCCUCGUUCAUCCACGCUUUCUCACUGUUACCAUGCCUGGCACAUUUCAAAGUUAGCUGCCCAGGACAAGACGAUUGUCAACGAUAUCGACGCAGCGCCAUCGACUACGCCUUGAGAUCCCUCCGGAUCGCCGUCGAAACGGCGCCGUUGGAGGUCCUCGACACGAUUUCCCUUCUACCUAUCCACCCUGGGGCCCUCCUUUAUCUCCAGCCACUGCUCGGCUUCGGCAAUUCACCGCGCGCAUCCCGCCGAUGGGCGCAGAUCCGGAGAUUAAUCAUCCAAAUGGAUGGCUUUCCUUUCGAGCAGUCAAACCGGUCCGAACAUCUGAAAAUCCUCCAUUCAUACCUUGGGUACUUCUCGCCACAUCUGACCCGUCUUCGCUUCCGCUGGGAAGGCGACAAGGGCCCUUCGCCCUUCACCCUCGACCAGGAACCAUGCCUGCAGCCAUCUGACUCCCCGUCCGAGAAACCGGGUCUCCGUCCACUGAACUUUGCCCGACUGCGCUACAUGGAGCUCGAGAACGCAACCAUGGACUCGACCCAAGUUAGCGCAUUCAUCUCUCGCCACCGGCGCGCGUUCUCAGAGUUCAACUUCGAAGACGUCACGCUGCGCACUGGCACCUGGGGUGAUGCCCUCGCUCCACUGUCGCGCAUCGCCGGGAACGACAGCCGGAAGCAGAAGCAACAGCAGGUCAUGGACGUGCCUGUCGUCCUCAGCCCCGCCAACCUCGAGCCGCGCGUCAUGGAGUCCAUCCUUCAGGACCAGCAGAGAGCUGAGUGCUCCGGAACGCAGCUGGCUAUGAGUCGCUGGCUGUCCAAGGGCCGUUCGGCUGUAGCGGCAAACAAAGGGAAGGAGCUGUUCUGGAGCAGCGGAGAGCAUAUGAAGGAGUUUUUGAUGACCUCGGUCUUCCCGUGGCGCUGA